AUGGCGCUCUACAGAGCUCGCAUAUGUUCCUCUGCUCUGUUCCGCUCAAUUCUCCACGCCCCUACUCGCUCUCUCUCCUCCGGUGUCGGUAUUGAGGCCGUGGAGUCCAAUCAAGUGUCCUCAUGGAGAUCGUCCAUGAUGAAUCAGAUGUUCACACUCGACAUAAGCUCCCAAAUUGGGAGCUGUAUGCCUCUGGCGAAUAUGAGGAUCGGAACCCAGAUCCACAACAUCGAGCUUCGACCGGGACAAGGUGGGAAACUCGUGCGUGCUGCGGGCACGUCUGCCAAGAUUCUUACCGAGCCCAAUAGGUCUACGAGGUACUGUGAGAUAAAGCUGCCAUCUGGGGUGAAGAAACUGAUAGACGUGAGAUGUCGAGCGACUAUUGGAAUGGUAUCGAACCCGGAACACGGAACAAAGAAGCUAAGAAAGGCUGGGCAAAGCCGAUGGUUGGGAAGGAGGCCUGUUGUGAGAGGUGUGGCUAUGAACCCAGUUGAUCAUCCCCAUGGUGGUGGUGAAGGAAGGAGUAAGAGUAGUGGUAGUCAUGGCCGAGUCUCACUUACGCCCUGGGGAAAACCAACCAAGUGUGGCUACAAAACGGCUCGUCCUAAGAGAAAGAUUUAA